UGCAGCCGAACCGGGAUUCACAAGCACACAGCAGCCAGCAGAAAAACUCAGUGUACACCUGCAGCCUCGUGCACGCGCGCGAUGGCAGCGGCCGGGCGGCCGCUGACGGUGGACUUCGAGGCGCUGAGCUACAUCAGCAGCCUGGUGGAGGCCUUCCAGGCGUUCGAUUCCGACGGCGACGGCCUCGUCACCGCGCCCGAGCUCCGCGGCCUGCUGGCGUCCCUGGGCCUCGACAAGUCUGAGGCCGAGGUCAGCGACAUGCUGGCGCGCGCCGACGCCGACCGCGACGGCCGGCUCAGCGUGGAGGAGCUCCUGGACGUGAUGAACGCCGGGGAGCUGGGGCUGGGCGCGCUCGGCGCGCUGCUCCAGUCCGCCGUGCCCGCGCUCGAGGCCGCCGGCGGCGCGCUGAUGGGCGCGGACGAGCUCGCUAGGGCGCUCGGCGUCAUGGGCACUGUCAGCGUCGAGGACUGCGCGGCGAUCAUCGAGUGCAUGGAUGGAGACGGCGACGGCGCCAUCAACAUCGAGGAGUUCAAGUUCCUGGCCGACCUGCUCUAGAUCGAGCCUUGAGUGUACACGCGUGGAGGUGAGGUUCAUCUUCGUGCUGUAAUCGACAAUAAUGAAGCAAGAGUGUUUGAGAGUCGUGGAAUAUGUGUUUAUGCUGACUCUCCUAUAUAAAACAUAAGUUUAGUGCGCUCACCCCUCCCUCCUCUCCCACUGUUGUUAAAAAAGAGAGUAAAUUUUAUUUUAGAUCAUGCAUUAGUGUACUUGGUGCACUUUGAACUAUAUUUAUCAACAACUUCCACUUUAAACCA